AUGGAUGAUGCACUCAGUGCAAUUAAAUGGCUACAAACACAGACUCUAUCGAAUAGUGAUAAUCCAUGGUUAUCAGAUGGGUUGAUUUUCAUCGGGUUUCAUGGUAAGGGUGGAGAGGGAAGUCAGCACCGACUAAUAUCGGUGACUCUUCACGGCAAUUGCUCUGGCUAUUCAUCACGGAGCAGAGGCGACGACUCUUCACAGGCUAUUCAUCAUGGCGCGCGAAGCAGAAGUAGUGUUGUGUUGCUUCCUUCGCCGACAGUGGUUGUAGUGAGCAUCCCCGCACGGCCGCACGCCUCUGCAUCCACGCACGGCCGGGUCGGUAGAUACACGGACACAGAGGGCUUAACAAUGGGGAGGAAAGGAGGAAAAUACAAGAAGAAAGAAGACAAUCACCCUUCCAAGAGAAAAACAAUUCAAUUCAAUUCCGAUGACGAUGAAAUGAUGAACGAUGAUAUUGAUGCCUUCCACAAGCAGAGAGAUAUUGUUCCGCUGGAUAUAAAUGACGAUAUUGGGGAGUCUGAUGAAGAUGUAGAGAUCCCCGUGUUAGAUUUUGAGGAAGAUAAAGAUGAGGACGACGACGACGACAUCGAGGAUGAUGAUGCCAAGCCUACAGGCCUUGCAGCCAAAAUUGCAAGAACUCAAAAGUAUUUGCGGGCAAAGUUUGGUGGAGUAGAAGACGAAAUGCUUGAUGAUGCCGAAGAGGAGGAAGAAAAAAGGGCUGUUUGGGGUAGAAAGAAGGACAUGUAUGGUGCUGAUGUUGACUAUGAGCCACAAUCAAGCGACGACGAGGAUGCUGCUGAUGAGGAAAAAGAAGUGUUAAAAUUGCAGAGUCAGAGAGCAGAAGCGUUAACUAUGGAAGAUUUUGGUCUUGAGGAUUAUAGUGAAGAUGAGAGUGACAGGGAGCCCACAUUUGAGGAAAUAUUGGACAAAGGAAAGCCAAAAUCAAAAGCUUCUCUUGACAAAGAAAUCGAUGAUGGCAUCGAUUAUGAGAUAGUAAAGAAAGACUUAAAUGCUUUAACGAAGGAAGAGCAAAUGGAUGUUGUUUACAGAUCUGCUCCAGAAUUAGUUGGUCUUUUGUCAGAGCUCAAUGAUGCUCUUGAGCAACUUGAAAAGAAAGUUAAUCCACUUGUACACAAGAUUAGAGAACAGGAGAAUGCAAGGGAGGGAGGGAUGCAUUACAUAGAGGUAAAGCAGCUUCUGUUGCAGGGCUAUUGCCAAGCUAUAACCUUUUAUCUUCUUCUCAAGGCUGAAGGUCUUCCAGUCCGUGAUCAUCCAGUUGUUUCUCGUCUCGUGGAGAUCAAGAAUUUAUUGGAUAAGAUGAAAGAAUUGGAUGAGAAUCUUCCUUUUGACUUGGAGGACAUUGUGAACGAGAUUGCGAGUACUGAAACAGUUACUAAGGUGGUUGGAGAUACUGCUGCGCCAGAAUCUGAUCCUUUAACCGAAGGUCGGGUCUCAUUGGUGUCUUCUGAGAAACAUGCAACAGAUGAGUUGAAAGAGGCCACUGCAUUGAUUGAGGUGAAUGUUUCAAGAAGUUUUAAGAGCAGUGAAUCACGACGCAAGACUCAAGAUAAUCAAGUUGGAGAGCAGAGCAUAGAAAUGUUAAAACUAAGGGCUGCCCUCGAGGAAAAAUUGAAGCAUAAAGGUGUUUUCAGUUCCAUUGCACCAAAGGAUGAUAGGGUUAGAAAGCACCUUAGCCCAAUCAACAGACAACUUGAGACUUUAGAUGAUUUUGAUGACGAGGCAAUGGAAAUAGGUGGGGGUGCUCGUGGUAAGAGUAAUGGGGAGGCAAGUCUAUCUCGACCAAGUAAACUUUCCCAGCUUCUGGCACUUCAGAGGAAUAAACCGAAGGUCAUUUCUGGUGAUGACGAUCUACCUAAACGGGAUGAUAUUGGAGAACAGCGAAGAAAGCAUGAGCUCCGUGUUUUGGCUGGAGCUGGAAUCAAAUCUGUUGAUGAUGUUGAAGAUGAGCCCGGUGCUCUUUCAAGUGAUGAAGAUGCCGAUGUCCAUAUGGAGAGUGAUGCAGAUUCUGAUUUGGAAUACUACAAACAAGUGGAACGACAACAUGCUGCAAAGGUUGCUGCAAAAGCUGACAAGUAUUCGAGAGUCUCAGAACUUUCAUCCUUGCCGGAAGAAACUGUCAAUGGGAAGCGCCAUAUUACCCAUCAGAUGGAGAAGAACAGGGGGUUGACCCGUGCUCGUAAGAAGCAAACUAAAAAUCCCAGAAAGAAGUACAAGUUGAAAUACGAGAAGGCAGAGGUGCGUCGAAAAGGACAGGUGCCGGGUAUUAGGAAGCCAACAGGUCCUUACGGUGGGGAAGCAUCCGGUAUUAAUCCAGGAAAAAGCGGAAGUAUCAGAUUCAAUAACUAG